GCUGUUGAUGAAACCUAAACCAGUUGCGUUGCUAAUUCCCCGCCGAGAAGAUGGUAGUGCAGUCGUUUCUAAGGUUACUUGGAUUUACCCUGCUGCUGGUGACUUGUAGAUUGUACAAUUUCGUUGAAGCAGAUGACAGAAUAUAUUUCCCCGAUUCGGGCUUCGAACCGGUUACGAGAUUCAACUCUGCUCCCAACAGAAACACUGGCGAUGUGCCGUGCUCGCCCGGCACGAACAGCAAACAUGCGAAAAAGGGAUUCUAUGUUUACGAUCCGGACGCGAAAGAAUGGACCGUUGCCAUACUGAAAGUUCCUCCUCGAAAUCAAAACUGUUCACGACCGGCAGCUAUGAUGACCAGUGCAGUAAGCGCUGGCGGCACACAGUUUGUCCCUCAAAUAGCGUCGGAUGCACCGACGCCAACGUCGAAUAAGAAUGGAUUACACGUUUACGAUGCCGAUGCAAAGCAGUGGAUAGUGAAUGUACUGAAAAUUCCUACAAAAGAAAAUAAUUCCCGUAUCGGCAGUGGGACUUCAAACGCCGGAGGACAGGUGCAGUCAAGUGAUGCAGCAUUAGAACCCAGGGUGCUGGAUAGUCCAAGGAAAAAUAAACCUAAACCACUGGAGGUUUACAAUAGGGAUUCCCGAACGUGGGAUACAGUUAUAAUUUCUUUUUGAUGCGAUGGAAUGUUUGUGUUGGUAAAUAAACGAGUUGAUUGAAAUAAUCAGUGA